UAGCUCCAAGAAGAUGAACCGCAGGAGGGAGAGACGAGGAUCCGGAACCAUGGUUCUGGUUCUGGCUUUAAUCUGGACUCUGAUCACAGAGUCGUCCAGCGGCGAUCCCUUCAUUUCUCGUCACAUCGGUCGCUUCCCUCCUUCUUUAUACCCUCGACAGGAUGAAGUCGACCCUCCAGAGUCCCUCCACCUUCAUCACCCUCACCGCCACCUUCACCACCGCCACCGUCAGCCUCCAGACACUUUGACCAAUCAGAUGUCGGCAUCCCCGCUGCAACCUUCCGGCCACCGAAACCUCGACCUGCUGACUAGACCUCAUCACGAUGUCCAGCCGGAGCACGCUGCAGUGUCGUCUCGACACCUGGUCACCGUGUACCUGGCUGUGGACGUCCGGAGGCUGAACGUCAGUCUUCUUCGGUGGUUUCGGGAAGGUGUGGCGGCGGCGCUCGGCGUCCCGGCGGGUCACGUCCACAUCAACCAGCUCAACGAGAAGAAGAAUGGCAUCGAGCUGUUCGUGUCCUCUGAUAGGCUGGGAACGUCGGAGCCCCGCCCCGCCGAGGAGGUCAUCCAAUCGCUGAACGUCCGGGUGCUGCAUCGCCACCUGGGACACUUCGGCAUCACCGAGGUCUCCACAGAGAAAAACGUCCUCCAGGGGCAGCAGAGGGACCACGUCUGGAGCAGAGAGGGUUUCUACGCCAUCGUCCUUUUCUUCACCGUCUUCGUCAUCGUCAUCACCUGCUUGAUGGUUUUGUUCCGACUGAAGGAGAAGGUUCAGGUUUCUGACAGACAGCUCAAAGCUCCGCCCCCUGACCUCCACCUGACCCCAACCCUCCCUCCUGACUCUGCCCAGAGGUCAAAGGGCACCAAGGCGUCAGGAAGCAGCAUGGUCCAGGCUGAGCUCCCUCCUGUUGUAGCCACGCCCAUUCCCCUGCAGCAGCCAAUCACAGCCUGCCGCCGCCUCGCUCCACCUGUCCCGCUGCCCAGCUCUGUUCUGGUCCCGGUCGUCAACGGCGACUGCCCCGCCCCCCUGGUCAGCGUUGCCCCAGUGACGACCAAUCACGAGCUGAAGCCCUGCCCCUCCCCCUUCAGGAUGAAAGCUGCCGCUGGACUUCAAGAAAGACGAGGCUCCAACGUCUCUCUGGUGUUGGACAUGUCGGCCCUUGGCGCCGUGGAGCCCCUCAGCGUUGCCGUGGUAACGCCGAGGGAGGCGGCGGCCCGGGAGUACCUGCUGUCGGCGGGGCGACUGCUGACCCGACUGCAGCUCCGAGACGUCGUCCAGAACACCCACAAGCUGCACGCCGAGUUCGCCGAAAUUCCGAUGAACUUCAUCGACCCCAAGGAGCUGGACAUCCCAAACCACGGAACCAAGAACCGAUAUAAAACCAUUCUGCCCAAUCCUCAUUCCAGAGUGAUCCUGAAGUCCAAGAGCUGCAACGACCUGCUGAGUUCCUACAUCAACGCCAACUACAUCCGGGGUUACCUUGGCGACCACAAGGCGUUCAUCGCCACCCAGGGUCCGAUGGUGAACACGGUGAACGACUUCUGGCAGAUGGCCUGGCAGGAGGAGGCUCCGGUCAUCGUCAUGAUCACCAAACUGAAGGAGAAGAACGAGAAGUGUGUUCUGUACUGGCCAGAGAAACGAGGGAUCUACGGCCGGGUGGAGGUUCUGGUGAACAGCGUCAGAGAGUGUGAACACUUCACCAGCCGCAGCCUCACGCUGAAGUGUGGGAAUCAAACCCGCGAGCUGCAGCACUACUGGUACACGUCGUGGCCCGACCACAAGACGCCCGACUCGGCGCUGCCGCUGCUGCAGCUGAUGGCUGACGUGGAGGCCAGUCGAGGUUCUGGAGGUCCGGUCGUCGUCCACUGCAGCGCGGGGAUUGGCCGGACGGGAUGCUUCAUCGCCACGACGAUCGGCUGCCGGCAGCUUCAGCUGGAAGGAGUGGUGGACGUCCUGAGCAUCACCUGCCAGCUGAGAGCCGACAGAGGAGGAAUGAUCCAGACCGGAGAGCAGUACGAGUUCGUCCAUCACGCCUUGAGUCUGUACGAGUCCCGCCUCUCUGCAGAAACUGGCCAAUGAGGAGGCUUCAGCCCGCAGGUGUGUUACCACGACGACUCCUCGGCAGGUAGAUCUGACUGUUGGACCUCUGGUGAAUCGGAAGCAGCUGUUUGAAAUAAAUGGACAACCAAUCAGGACUUUAGUGGGCGGAGCCUGCUGAAGCUACGAGGAGGUAAAUUUCUGAGGAUGGAAUGUAUCCUCCUUCUUCUUCUUCUUCUCUGGUGUUUCUUCUUCACGUGUUGUUGGCGAGCAACGAAGGAUCUCCUCUUAAACCGACUGAAUCGUGUUUUUACCCAACGGUCCUCUUACCUCUUUUCUGUAGUUUGAAACUGAAAGUUGGAUACCACUGGUGUGUUUCUGUGUCUUAUAGGAUUUCUACAUUAUUUUGGUGUUAGCCUAAACGACUGUUAGCUCGGCCGGUUGAACCAACUUCCUGUCGUAUUUUAACCUGUAGUUUGGUCACUCUGGAGUUAAAAUGUCCUUCAGCUGGUGUUCAGCGUGACUUUCACGUUCUGAGGUUCAAAACGAUCUCAAAAAUACCAAAUAUACCCGUUAGCUUUCAGCUCCGUUAGCUAAAAUAUGCUAACCAGCCAUGUUUAAAUGCUAAUGCUGCUUCAGUUCCACCUCACGAGGUGAACAAAUACAUGAAUUAAACAUAAACUGGCUUCGUUUAACCCUCAGAAGUCAAAGAAGCAGUUUUUUUAAAAUGAGUUUUUCUCCACUGUGGCUCAUUUUUCACUGCGAUAUGACGUCGAAAAUCAAAAAUAACCUCAAAUCAACAUGUCCAACUCUAGAUAUUCAACUGUUUCCAUGUUUCCAGCUGUAGAAAGAUGUUUCACCAUGCCAAAUGUAUAUCCAACAACUUUAUUUUAUUCAUCCAGUAGGUUGGAUUUUCCCCGCAUAGUAAUUUUGGACAGAUUCAUUUGUAGACAUUUUUUCAGUUAUUUUUUUUAUUAAUUUUAGCCAUUUUGACCAUUUUUCUGGAUCAUUUUGAAUAGGUUUCCAGGUUUCCAUCACUUCUAACAAUUGUCAAGUCAUUUUAGACACUUUUUUCAAUUAUUUGGACAAUUUUAAGUCAUUUUCGACAAUUUUUCAAUUACAUUGGAGAAAUUUAAAGCAUUUUAGACCAUUUUCUCAAUCAUUGGGACCUAUUUCCAGGUUUCUGUCAUUCUGACAAAGUUUGAGUUACUUUGGACACUUUUUUUUCCCAGACAUUCAGAGAAGUUUAAGACGUGUUGACAUUUUUUAAAAAUAUAUUGGAGACGUAGCCAAAAACUCUGGCUGAAAACUUAGAUGUUUUUACUACUUGCUUGCUGGUUAUGCUGAGGAGUUCAAAAGUUUUUUGUUUUUUUUACCGUAUCUGGUUUGAGCAAACGGUUUAUUUUUGGCUAAUUUUUCAAUUUUGCAUGUAGAAUAAGGCAAAUUUGGUGAAAUAUCAUGAUUUUAAGCUGAGAUUUGCUUAUUUUUUCCAAUGGACCAACACUCCACAUGGGAUCAGGACCGUCGUAAAGAUAAUAAUCAGCCGAUGAUUUCUGUUUUUACAGUUUCUGGCUGAUGAAUGCUUCAUUUAGCGAUAUAUAUAUAUAUAUAUAUAUAUAUAUAUAUAUAAGAUAACUUGUUUUUCCAAGUCCACCAGUGGGUUUUUGGGUUCAGAGGGUUAAACACCAGUUUCACUUUUACUUUAUAAUCUGAGGUCCCAAACAGACCGACCUCCAGCCAUAUGAAACAUGCUAACAAAUAAGCUCCUGCUAAGCUAGUCGUAGUAGAUGCUAAUUUUAGCUUUAAUAGCUCAGUGCGCUUUAUUGCUAAUAAAUGGAUGCUAAUAUAUAAACUCAUGCUAUAGCUAGCAUGCUACUAACACAUAACCCAUUAACUCUAGUGUCCUGCUGCUACACCAGGCGUUAAAACAAUAACAGCUGUUAUUUUGACAUUUUUUUUAACAAGUACAGCUCCAGUCUACGAAUUAUGGGAGCUAUAGUUUUUGGAUGAAAUCAUUGUUGUUUUGUCUUUGUUGUGUUUUUUAGGUAUUCAAAUUAUAAUCUCGAGCAGAAACCCCUAAUGAUGUGUUUUUUGUUGUUUUUUUAGCAAUACCAGUUAAUAUGAUUGGUAAAAUACACAAAUAAAUGGAAGAUAAUGAUGCAGAAUUUAUCUCAAAAGUUGCUUUUAGUCCCAAUUUAUGGAUUUGAUUCAUUCUUAAAAUUAAUGCUGCCAAAGUUUUGGGCCAAAUUGAAAACACGAGUCAUUCUUGACUCAUUCCUAACGCAUAAAUCUAAAUUUCUUGCUGCUCGGUCUCACAGUUUACACUCCAUCUUGUAGUUUCCAGCCUCCCCUGUUGUGUGAAACGUUGCUUUAUACCAAAAAUGUGAAAUAAUUUCCGUCACGAUGGUGCAGUCAUCACAUCGAUGUGCUGUUGUACAUUCUGUUAUCUAGUCAGUAUGUUAUUUUGGUGUAUCAGAGUAAUAAUAACUUUAUUUUUAUACUGUUUUUACAUGUUUUCGAUGUCUUUAGCAGCAAUCAGCCAUUUCUCGACUCGCAUUGAAAAGCCUCAUUAUGUCCAAAAGACCGACUGGAAUCAACUAUUGGCAUUUGUUUUGACAUCUCAGAGACAAACUGAGAAUAAAGAUCUGAAACUUUGCCCCGUUUAAGCAAUAACUUUGAAAUUUUCCUCCAAACAAAUGAGAGACUAAAUCUGCCAAAAACAAUCAGAGUCCAGAAAAGGAUGGUCGGUUUUUCUAUAUUGACGUGUUUUAGAGCCGAAACGGAAGCGUUGAAGCGUUUUUCUCACUCCUGUGUCCAGUGUUUUGGGAUUUUCCGAGGUUUUGACAGUAAUGCCAGUAACGAAGAACAUCCGACGGUGUACAGAACAUGUUAAAGUGCUAUUAAAACCCAAACAAAACACAGAAAUCUUGCUGCUACGACUGGAAGCUUCUGGAUAAGACUUUUUCUAUGUACCUAUAUAUUUUUAUUCCUUACUUACGAUACAACCGCAGGACUCUGGACCCGAGUCUCUUGUCUAUACGAACUACUUGCCUCCUGGAACGUCGCUGACUCACUUCUUGCCUGGAACUGGAUCAGUCGGCGCUUUAAAGUGUUUUACACUCUUGGUUUGAGCUGCCUGAGUGAAAGUGAGUUUGUCCUCGAUGGUUUUCUCUGCAGAAACAACAACAACAACACACACUGCCUCUGACGUAGUAUUGUGUCUGUACAGUAGGAUGUGGUUCAUGUCCUGUACUUCAAUGUUGUUGACUGUUGACGGAGCUUAAAGGGACCCUAAAUGCUUUACUUGUAGGGAAGUAAAUCUGGAGCUGACUUGAAUUUAGAAGAGAUUCACUGCCUCUCUACUGCCGCUAGUUUUUUCUAAUUUUCUGAUGGAGACAGGGUUCAACUUUCCAUUAGUUUAACUGCAAACUGUUGCUAGUUUAAGACUUAAAUCCUUCAUUUAGUAUAAAACGGAUGAACUAAACGUGUGGUAAGGUGACAUUUGUCAAGAAUCGACCAAACAAAGAUUUCAAUCUACUUAACAUUUGUUAAUUCCGUGAAAGAAAAAACAUCUACAUAUGUCAUAUUUCCAGGAAAGUUACUACAAGGUUUACUCUAGAAUUAUAAAAUGCAAUAUAAGCUUUUAUUAGCUGUGUUUCCAUAACGUAUUUUACUUAAACGUAUUUUACUUAUUUUGAGGUGUCGAAUCAAGAAAAAAGUUCAUGGAAACACAUAAUAUGAAGACAAAAAUAAACAAUUCAAUAGAAAAAGAAAAAAUAUCAAUGACUUACUUUGGAGAUGGAAAUACCUUUUCUACGUUUUGACGUAUCGACCAUUUACGACUGUUUCUUUCAUUGCUUUGUCUUCGGAUAGCGUAAAACUUGACCAAUACCGACUGACAAUCAAGAAUAUUACUUUCCUGAUUGAAACAAUUCCUGGAAAUGUCUCUCAAUUUUUCUCUUAUAGAUGAAAAAUAGUUAAGUUUGUUUCUUCUUGUUUUUUAAGGUUUUUGUUUCCAGCUAGUUUAUCCAAAGCUGUUCAUGGAAACAAGGCUAAUUAGCAUUAUCUUUGGUUUUCUGUUAGCUAUAUUUCUAAAGUUUGUCUCAAAUUUCCUUGAUUGUAUGGAAAACAUGAUUAAUGAGUUCUUCUAAGUUGUGUUUUUGCCCCCUGGUUCAGGACUUUCUCUAGCGGCUAGCUAAUACUAUUGCACUUUAUUGUAUAACUCACCAUAAGCAAAGGCACUGAAGCUUAUUUUGAAAAGAAUUGCCUUGGGAACUGAAAUGAAGUUUAUCAAAAAACAUCUGCAGCAGUAGUUAGUAAACUAACUAUUGAAAGAUGGCUUUUGGCGCUAACAACAUUAGCUUGUAGACGUAUUAAUUUUAGCUCAUCAAAAAGAUAGUUUUAAUGUUGAAGAACCAGUUAAAGUUAACAUUAAAGAUAGUUCUCUGUGUAACAUUAGCUUGUGAACAAACUGGUUUUAGCUUGUUGUAAAUGAUAGCACUUUCUAGAAGCUUUAGCUUGUGGAAACUGACUUUAGGUCAUGCAAAAAUAGUUCUUUCUGUAAUACUAUCUAGCAAAGUAGUCACUUUUUGCUCACUUGUUUUGAUAACAUUAGCUUGUGGAGGCGCCAGUUUUAGCUUGUGUAAAAGAUGUUUAUUUUCCUGUAACCAUAGUUUGUUGAAGAACCAACUUUAGCUAAUGUAUAAGAUGGUUCUUUCAGCAACAAUAGCUAUUAAAGGAGAUAGUUUUAGCUCUUCUGAAAGGUAGUUGUUUUGGUAAUGUUAGCAUGUGAAAUAACCAACUUUAGCUAAUGUAAAAAUGCUUCUUUCUGUAACAUUAGCUUGUUUUAGAACCAAUUUUAACUCAUGUAAUGCUAGCUUGUAGAAGAACCAAUUCUAUCUUAUUUAAAAGAAUGUUCUUUUAGUAAAUUUACCUUGUGGAAGAACCAUUUUUAGCUCAUGUAAAAGAUAUUUCUUUCAAUAAUGUUAGCUUGUGAAUAGCCAAAUAUUGGGUCAUGUAAAAGAUGUGUUUUUUGGAACAUUAGCUUGUGAAAGAACCAAUUUCAACCUAAGUAAAAAGUGUUUCUAUAUGUAAUGUUAUGUUAUAGAUGAAUUGAUUUUCCACAUGUAACAAAAAGGACCAAUUUCAGCUCAGGUAAAAGUUGUUUUUCUUUUCUGUAACAGUAGUUCGGUGAACUAACUUUAGCCAACUUUAGCUAAUUUAAAAAAUAGUUCUUUUUAUAACAUUAGCUUGUUUAAGAACACAUUUUAGCUCGUGGAAAACAUAGUUCUUUUAAUAACAUUUGCUUGUAGAAGAACCAAUUCUAACCCUUUUAAAAGAAUGUUUUUUUCACUAAUGUUAGCAUGUGCAAGAACCAGUUUUAGCUUAUGUAAAAGAUGGGUUCUUUUAGUAACAGCUGUGUGAGGAAGACUGUAUUUUAGCUCAACGUGAAAGAUGUUUUUUUGAGAAAGGUUAGCUUGUGAAGGAACCAAACUUAGCUAAUGUUAUAGAUGAUUCUUUGAGAAAGGUUAGCUUGUCGAAUAUCCAAAUUUAGCUCCAAAUUAAAUGUAAAAGAUGGUUCUUUCAGUAACAUUAGCUAGUAAACAGCCCAAUUUUGGUUCAUGUAAAAUGUGUUUUUCUGUAACAUUCGAUUGUGAAAGAAUGAAUUUCAGCUCAGGUAAAAGAUGUUUGUUUUCAGUAACAUUAGCUUGUGGAAAAAUCAAUUUUAGACUUUGUAAAAGACGGUUCUUUCUGUAGCGUUAGCUUGCAGAGAAACCAAUUUCAGCUAAUGUAAAUAUUUGUUCUUUGCUGACACUAGUUGGGGAAAGAGACAAUUUCAGUACAUGUAAAAGUUUAAUUGAAGCAAACACUUGAGUAUUGACUUGUUCUUUGGCUAACAUUGUACCUCAUGACAAAGUUUACUUAUUUAUAAAUGGAAACUCAUUAAAAAGUCUUUGUAAUCCAGUGGCUCGGAACUGUUUUAGUCAGCAGCAUUUUCCAGUUGCUGACAACUCCAGGAUUAGAUGGAGGCAAUUGAUUCACUGUGGCGACCCCUGAAGGAAAAAGCCGAAAGGAAAAGAAGAAGUCGCUGACAAAAUAGUUUUACAAGCUAGCAGGAAUGCUAACACUGAAUAGCAGGAAGUGGUUUCUGAUUUAUAUGAAGUUUUAUUUGUGCAGUAAAGAGAGGAAGUCCUGAAUUAGAAGGCAGGAAUUAUGGGUUCAAAAUCACAUUUCAAAUCAGCCAUAACAAGUUUCAUGAACACUUGAAAGAAAAAUGUGUAAAGAACCACGUUAACAACAUAAAUAUUAGGGUCCCUUCAAACUUCUCCUGUGUGGGCAUUACAAUCCGUCAGAGUACACUCGAUGCUGUUAGUGUACGUCCGUUCUACUAUUCUACGUUUGGCUUUUUCAUGUAUUACUAAUCAACUUGAAUGUUGUAAUGGUGCAGAACAUUAGCCACUGAGUAGUGCUGUAACCUCGUUAUCUACUCUAUAUAUUGUUACCUGUAAUCUGUACAAUAAAAACUGGACAUGAAGAACGUGGAA